CCUGUAUUUAAGCGAUCUCGGCCUCUUCACUGCUACUGACGUCUUCAUACUCGCUUCGCUGGAAGGAGCAGAGCCAAAGGAACGCUUCUACAACAACUGAACCUAACACCCCACCAACAGAAAUGGCCCCUAUCAAUAUCAUCAACAAACUCUCCAUCCUCACCCCCCGAAAGGGCGGUGGCGGGCGCGGUGGUGGAAGCGGUGGUGGAAGCGGUGGUGGAAGUGGUGGUGGACGUGGUGGUGGAAGCGGUGGCGGAAGCGGUGGCGGACUCGCAUCAUCAGGUCUAACAACCGGACAGCUCGCGUGGAUUAUUACUGUCUCGAUCUGUGCCGGCUUCCUUGUCCUUGUAGUACUAUGGGUGUUGGCGCGGUGUUACUGGUCCAGCAGGAAGAGUAGAAAAGAGGCUCAGAAGAAAGAGAAUGGCAAUGGUAAUCGCGAAGGAAAUGCAGAUAGCCGAGAGAAUGUCUAAGUCACUGUAGCUAGGUGGAAGAAAUGAACAAGCUAUUAAUGUUCAUCGUGUCGUAACGGGACAGUGGGUGUAGCGGGACGUAUAUAGCAAUUGGCC